AUGUGGCUGUGUUUAGGGGUCUUGUUUAUGUUGGCCCUCGCCAAGGCAAAUCCUUCACCCGACCCGAUUCUUGAAACAUUUCUAAAUGAAACAAACCACCAACUGGCUGUCAUUUACGAUCAAGCUGUUCUGGCUCAGUUGCUGAGUGAACUGCGUGGACCCAAUGACUUGGUGGCCCUCUUAGAGAUCGAGGUCACUGAUGAGAAGCUUCUAAAGUUCGUUAGAACCCUAACAACGCGAAAGGCCAAGUUCAAGCGGCUCGGACUGGGGGAUGCGCACCAAAAAAGGCAGCUUGCCAAGUUUCCACAACUGGGCUAUGAGGCCCUGCCCUCCAGGGAUUUGGAUCGGGUCUAUGCUCUGGCCUCCAAACUAAGUGAUAAUUACAAAAAUGUAAACCUGUGUGCUUAUAGGCAACCAAGUAAUUGCUCGUUACGACUCAUACCCGAAGUUCAAUCCAUAGUACAAGCUAGUCGCGAUUUGGAGGAGAUCGAAUAUUACUGGUUCGAGUGGCGAAACCGAACGGGUCUGGCCACCAGACCCCAGUUCAUAGCUUUCAUGGAGCUUUAUAAGAAGACAGCCCAGUUGAAUGGUUAUCCUCGGGCCGAGGACUACUGGUUCCGGUCUUUGGAGUUGAAGGCCAAGGACACUAUGGCCCUUCUCGAUCACAUAAUGCAUGGAUUGCGGCCGCUGUUCCUUCAAUUCCAUGCGCAUGUCCGAGGCUCACUGAGGAAGAUGCAUGGAGAGCACCUGGUGCCCAGGAACAGGCCGUAUCCCCAGCAUUUGGCAGAGGUUUUCAUAGGCAAUGCCUUUAGGCGGGUCGAGGCCGAAUGGUAUAUGGAUUUGCCUUCUCCUCCGACGGGUCUGCUGAAUAUCACCCAGGAGAUGCAUCGUCAAGGGAUGACCACCACCCAAAGGAUAUUUUGGAAUGUGGCCGAGUACUUUAGAGGCUUAGGUUUACCUUGGUUGGAAGGCUCCCUUUGGAAGUAUGCGCAACCUGUGUCCUUUGAGGAUGAUGAUCGUUGUUGGCAUAAAGCCUGGCGUUACUAUGCUCUGCCGAGGAUGAACUUUACCUACUGUCCUUUAAAAGAUGAGGAGCGUUUCUUCAACAUGUUCGAGGCCCAGAGCGAUGUCCAUUUCUAUAGGUCUGCCUCGGUUCAACCAACACUGUUUCAGGAGGAACCAUUCCCGAAUUUCAGUGAUGCGAUAGGAAAGUGUUUCUCUUUGGCAGCCAGUUCCCCGCGUUAUCUUCAAAAAUUGGGAUUGGUCAGGGAUAAAAAAUGGAAAGAGCUUCCGGCUCGACUUAAUCGACUUUAUGUGCUGGGACUGAGGACUAUUUUCCUUCUUCCAGUUUUUUAUGUCCUCGAUCGGUAUCGUGUGGAAGUCCUGAGUGGCCAUAUCGCAGCCGAUGAUAACGAAGCCUAUUGGAGGUUCACUGAAUACUACACGGGUGCAAGGGCUCCCACGAAAAGGACCAACGAGCAGUUUGAUGUUCCAGCCAAGCUUUUGAUGGAAGUGGAUGACCAAUAUGCAAGCCAAUUUCUGAGCAUCGUCCUUCAGUUUCAGCUGCUCAAAAAGUUUUGCAUUCAAACAGGGCAGUUCGAAAAAGACAAUCCUAGAAAACCAAUGGAUUUGUGCGAUCUCUCCGAUCAUCGAGAAAUUGGUACUGCCCUCCAGAAGGCCAUGUCCUUGGGUUCUUCGGUCCACUACAGAGAAGUUCUGCGAGAACUGGUGGGGGAGCCUGAGAUUAGUAUAGAUGGAUUGCUGGCUUACUUCCAGCCAUUGCAGGAUUGGUUGCAGGAACAGAAUUUAAAAAACAAUCUUGAAGUAGGCUGGAUUUGA